UAGAAGUCCUCUAUUGAGUGUGUACGCCGACAUGUCUGUAACAUGUAAGGAAUAUUACAACCCUAACCAAUCCAUGCUGGAGUUAGUUUUUGCCCCUGCUGAAGAAUGGAUCUCACGCAGUGACUCAGAAAUAAUUGAUGCGACAAUGAAGGAUCUUGCUAAACUCUUUCCUGACGAAAUUUCUGCUGAUCGAAGCAAAGCAAAAAUUGUGAAGUACCAUGUUGUAAAAACACCAAGGUUAGAUGGCCAACCUUUUAAACCUUUCUGUAAAUUUCAAAGGUUCCAAUCCUAGAUUUAUUUAACAUAGUAAGUUUUUGUUGAUGCAAC